UCGUCAUCUAGUAUUCAAAUGGUGAUCACAAUUCACACUUUAAACUUGAGGGAUAAAAAUCCAAAUUUGCAAUACGUUUAAUUACAGUUUUCGUGAAAUAAGUUAAAAUUCAUUAUUGGCAAAUAUAAUCUGAUAGUGUGAACUUGGAUGAUAGUGUUUAAAGGAAAGUGCAACGCAAAGGAGUUGAGCAGAGAACCUAGAGACACGGAACGCAUCGUGGAACGGACACUGACGACAAACAGUCCACGAUCGGAAACGAGAGUGAGGUCGUUGCUCGUGAGGAAGGGACGUCGUCGAGGAAAGAUGGCCUACCCGGCCAGGAAAUCACUCGCAGUCACCGUCUACGUCCUCUGUCUUCUGGCACUCUUCGGUUCCUACUGCCAGAUGGCUCCAGCUGUUGCUGGAGCCACCAGAGGCUGGAACCUUGGCCAUGGACUUAGAUACGAAUUUACGACAACGCUUAUCUUCAGAGAAGCUGGACCACCCAGACCUGGUGGAGAUGUUGGAUUUCAAAUGACGGGGCAACUUGAAGUUGUUCCAGUUUGGCAGGAUCCUAAAGAUCCAGACACCAUCAUUCUCAAAAUUAAGCUCGUUUCACCCCACCUGUGGAUAAAAUCCAGAAAAGCACCAGAACCAGAAGGAUUUGUCCAGCACACGUCAAGAUUACCCGAGACAUCGUCAAAACCGAUUCUCGUAGUUUGGAAAAAUGGAAAGAUCCAGAGCAUCUUCACAGAUCCAAAUGAUAGUGUCUCAUCACUAAAUUUAAAACGAGGAUUAGCAAGUCUCUUCCAAUAUACAACUUUUGAUGGUGAAGUUCAAGAAAAAGAUGCUUCGGGUCUCUGCAGGGUGGUUUACACAUCUUUGGGUCCAUCAUCAGUGGAGAAGAGAAAAAUUUCCUGUCAGGAGAACAAUCUUCCUCCGAGAGUUGUACACCCCAAUCCUAUUUUUGGUAUAAAGCUGACGAGUUCAAGAAAUUGUACAUACGAUUUGUCACCAAGUUUACUUCCUUUGAAGAUUCGAGAACAGGAAAUUCAUGUUAUGCACUUGGUUAGCAAACCUGAAGUUGGUUCUGCUGUCACUUCCCAAAGAGUAGUUUGGAAAGUUGAUGAAAUUCAGGGAUCUACUGUUGAAGCUGAAAGUGUGAAGAAUGCUAUUAUUCUCUUGGAACCAGGGUUUAGAGACAUUCCUAUUGAUCUGCAGAUUGAGCUGAUGAGUUGCCCUGAUAGUGGAUGCUCUACGUUAGAGCAAACCGUCCAGGAAAAUCGAGAUGCCCUCGACACCUCAGUCCUAGGCACUGCAAAAUCAGCAUCAGCCUUUUUGAAACUAAUAUCUCUAGUCAGAGAAGCUUCCUCUGAGGAAUUAGUGAAGUUACUAAAAAGCAUCAAGUAUCGGCAAUUACGUCCUCAACUCUGGGACAUAUUAGGCUCAGCCUCAACCCCAGCAGCUCAUCAAGCUGCUAUGAAAAUCCUUAAACAAGACGAGAUUGGCGACGACACCGAAAGGUACUUAUGGUCUCUAUCAUUCUCGCCAACACCCGACCCUGAAAUCAUUAAAGAUGUAUUAAGAAGAUCCGAGGAGACCAUCCAAAACGACAAAGUAUCGGAAACCCUAGCCCUCACUGCAGCUGCAAUGGCUAAACAACAUGGUUCACCUUCUGUGAUAGAAAAGGCCAGAGUUAGUUUAGAAUUAGGCCUGGACAGUUGCACAGGAGAAGAAUGCCAACUGAAAUUCCUCAGAGCCUUAAGAAACCUCGAAAGCGAAGCAGCUGUUCCAGCUUUAUUAAAUUUUGCAUUAAAAGGUAGCAAAGUCACGAGUGCAGCUGCCUGGUUAGCUUUAGGAGCUUUGCCGAAACAACACAUAAGUGAGGAUGUCAGAUCAGCAGCUCUGAAGACUUUUUAUCAACUAGGAGGUCCCAGAAGAGAUAGUACUGUCAGAACUCUAGCCCUGAAUCUCAUUCUCGAAAAUGAUCCAUCAGUUGAUGAUCUUCAAGGUUUUGUACAGUACCUAGCUACUCGAGAUCUGAUGUACGAAGUUCGAAAGUACCUGAGCCAAAGGUUAGAGCAACUGUCCGAAAAGCAUCCUCAAUUUUCGAAAAACCUAAAGGAAGCUCUAAGAAGGGAGUCUCACAAAAUCUACAACUACGACGUCCUUGCUCUGAAGGGUCUCAGUACCGCUUUUACGAGAAGCUUCCUUAGAUCUCCACGAAGCAAUGGAUCACUAGUUACAGUUCAGGAAGUCAAUUCUGGUCUUCUAAAACGAGGUGUCGUGGAUGUCGUUUUAGAAAGUGAACCACAUUCCACAGAUCUUUUUUCUCUGGGUCUUUUCGCUGGAGGUCUGGGUGGAUUCGUAUCGUCGGAACAGGAAGACAACAAUGUUCCAGCGGAUGAUGAAGCGGCUACAGCUGGAAUGGAAAUUUCUCUUUUGGGAGUUGUGAUAAGACCUUUUGUCUUCUUCUCAGGUCAGGGAGAGCUGAUGGGGCAUGUUUGGUCUGGAACAGCUUCUGAGAGAACGCCAGCAUUUCAAGCAUUAGUAAAUCUUCAUCGCUACAUGGAAUACGUUCCCUUAGCUUCUGGGUUUGUCGGUGAAAUGAGUGUCGAAGGGGCCGUGAGUUUCGACCUGGCUGGACAAAUUCAGUUGAGUCUUUGGUCCAGGAAUGCCCAGUCUUUAGUGGAUAUGGGUGCUGGAGUUGCGAUCCAAGGUGGAACAAAGGUUCGAACAAACUUUGUACAAAGUACUGCUGAAUUUUUGUUCACUCUUGAACCAAAACUGGAGUUAGCGACUGAUGUGGAUUUCGCUGGUCCAGUUUCUUUGUGUAUGAGGUUGACUCAACCAGAGACGAUAGUGAGACACCAUGUUUAUAAAAUUGAAAGGAUACCUGGGAGUAGACAUAGAUUAAGGAAGACUAAACGAUCUCGACUAUUUUCACCAGCGAGAUCCUACCUCUUAAAUAGGAAAAACAAUGAAAUGUGUUCGAAAGUGUUUAGUUAACGAAUGUUGUGAUUGAAAUUGACAGAAUUGGAAUGAUUGUUAAGAUAUGUUACCUUGAACAAUACUGUUAUCAAAGACAGUUUACAAAGAAUUGUUUAUAUAUUUUGUAUAUCGUUUAGAGAGAUUUGAGAGAAAUGCAUCUGCAGAACUGAGGAGAGUGCGUAAGUGUUCGCAGAAACAACUAAACUGUAUUUUUGUACCAUAUGUAACUCAAAUGUUGAUUAAGCGAAUUUAAGAACGUUUUUUGCUCUCUGCUGGAAAUGUAUAAAUUUAGGAGAUAGAGAAGCUAAUGAUCAAUGGGUUGUUACAGGAAUUUGAAAAUGAAUCUCUUGAAGACUGUAUAGUUUAUAUCUAUCAUAAAACCAAAGGUUGUCUUUUGAAAUAAAACGUUUUAUUAUGAAAGCCGA